GCCUUUGGAGUAUUGUUUUCUCCGCCCUUGUUUUUGGAGGGGGAGCGAAGACUCAGUUGGAGACUUUUUCUUUUCCUCCCCGCCGCCCCCCCCCACCCCCUUUUAUUUUUGAGAAAGGGGAAUUUCGUCCCAAAUCAAAGGAAUGAAGUCUGGCUCCGGAGGAGGGUCCCUGACCUCGCUGUGGGGGCUCCUGUUUUUCUCCGCCGCGCUCUCGCUCUGGCCAACGAGUGGAGAAAUCUGCGGGCCUGGCAUUGACAUUCGCAACGACUACCAGCAGCUGAAGCGCCUGGAGAACUGCACGGUGAUCGAGGGUUACCUGCACAUCCUGCUCAUCUCCAAGGCAGAGGACUACCGCAGCUACCGCUUCCCCAAGCUCACGGUCAUCACCGAGUACCUGCUGCUGUUCCGUGUGGCCGGCCUCGAGAGCCUCGGAGACCUCUUCCCGAACCUCACAGUCAUCCGCGGCUGGAAACUCUUCUACAACUACGCCCUGGUCAUCUUUGAGAUGACUAACCUCAAAGAUAUCGGGCUUUACAACCUGAGGAACAUUACUCGGGGGGCCAUCAGGAUUGAGAAAAAUGCCGACCUCUGUUACCUGUCCACAGUGGACUGGUCUCUGAUCCUGGAUGCCGUCUCCAACAACUACAUUGUGGGGAACAAACCCCCGAAAGAAUGCGGGGACCUGUGUCCGGGGACCAUGGAGGAGAAGCCACUGUGUGAGAAGACCACCAUCAACAAUGAGUACAACUACCGCUGCUGGACUACGAAUCACUGCCAGAAAAUGUGCCCGAGUGCGUGCGGAAAGCGGGCGUGCACCGAGAACAACGAGUGCUGCCACCCCGAGUGCCUGGGCAGCUGCAGCGCGCCCGACAACGCCGCCGCCUGCGUGGCCUGCCGCCACUAUUACUACGCCGGCGUCUGCGUGCCCACCUGCCCACCCAACACCUACCGCUUCGAGGGCUGGCGCUGCGUGGACCGCGACUUCUGUGCCAACAUCCCCAACGCCGAGAGCAGCGACACCGAGGGGUUUGUGAUCCACGACGGCGAGUGCAUGCAGGAGUGCCCCUCAGGGUUCAUCCGCAAUGGCAGCCAGAGCAUGUAUUGCAUCCCUUGUGAAGGUCCUUGUCCCAAAGUCUGUGAGGAAGAAAAGAAAACGAAGACCAUUGAUUCAGUCACGUCUGCGCAGAUGCUCCAAGGAUGCACCAUCUUCAAGGGCAAUUUGCUCAUUAACAUCCGACGAGGCAAUAACAUUGCUUCGGAACUGGAGAAUUUCAUGGGGCUCAUCGAGGUGGUGACGGGCUAUGUGAAGAUACGCCAUUCCCAUGCCUUGGUUUCCUUGUCCUUCCUCAAAAACCUCCGCCAAAUCUUAGGAGAGGAGCAGCUCGAGGGAAAUUACUCCUUCUACGUCCUCGACAACCAGAACUUGCAGCAGCUGUGGGACUGGGACCACCGCAACCUGACCAUCAAAGCCGGGAAAAUGUACUUUGCUUUCAACCCCAAACUGUGUGUCUCUGAAAUUUACCGCAUGGAGGAAGUGACGGGGACCAAAGGGCGCCAGAGCAAAGGGGACAUAAACACCAGGAACAAUGGAGAGAGAGCCUCCUGUGAAAGUGAUGUCCUGCACUUCACCUCCACCAACACGUGGAAGAACCGCAUUAUCAUCACGUGGCACCGGUACCGGCCCCCGGACUAUAGGGACCUCAUCAGUUUCACCGUCUACUACAAGGAAGCACCCUUUAAAAAUGUAACAGAGUAUGACGGGCAGGACGCCUGUGGCUCUAACAGCUGGAACAUGGUGGAUGUGGACCUCCCAUCCAACAAGGAUAUCGAGCCUGGCAUCUUACUGCAUGGCCUGAAGCCCUGGACCCAGUACGCUGUGUACGUCAAGGCUGUGACCCUCACCAUGGUGGAGAACGACCAUAUCCGUGGGGCCAAGAGUGAAAUCUUGUACAUUCGCACCAAUGCUUCAGUUCCUUCCAUUCCCCUGGAUGUCCUUUCAGCCUCCAACUCCUCCUCUCAGCUCAUCGUAAAGUGGAACCCGCCCUCUCUGCCCAAUGGCAACCUGAGUUACUACAUCGUGAGGUGGCAGCGACAGCCUCAGGACAGCUACCUCUACCGGCACAAUUACUGCUCCAAAGACAAAAUCCCCAUCAGGAAGUACGCCGACGGCACCAUCGACAUUGAGGAGGUGACAGAGAACCCCAAGACCGAAGUGUGUGGGGGAGAGAAAGGACCUUGCUGUGCUUGCCCCAAAACCGAAGCCGAGAAGCAGGCCGAGAAGGAGGAGGCUGAGUACCGCAAAGUCUUCGAGAAUUUCCUGCACAACUCCAUCUUUGUGCCCAGACCCGAAAGGAAGCGGAGGGACGUCAUGCAGGUCGCCAAUACCACCAUGGCCACCCGAAGCAGGAACAGCACGGUGGCGGACACCUACAACGUCACGGAGCCAGAGGAGCUGGAGACGGAAUACCCUUUCUUUGAGAGCAGAGUGGACAACAAGGAGAGAACCGUCAUUUCCAACCUCCGGCCCUUUACUUUGUACCGCAUUGAUAUCCACAGCUGUAACCACGAGGCCGAGAAGCUGGGCUGCAGCGCCUCCAACUUUGUCUUUGCAAGAACCAUGCCUGCAGAAGGAGCAGAUGACAUUCCUGGGCCGGUGACCUGGGAGCCGAGGCCUGAAAACUCCAUCUUUUUAAAGUGGCCAGAACCUGAGAAUCCCAAUGGAUUAAUUCUAAUGUAUGAAAUAAAAUACGGAUCACAAGUCGAGGAUCAGCGGGAAUGUGUGUCCAGACAGGAGUACAGGAAGUAUGGAGGCGCCAAGCUGAACCGGCUCAACCCAGGCAACUACACGGCCCGGAUCCAGGCCACCUCACUGUCUGGGAACGGGUCCUGGACCGACCCUGUGUUCUUCUACGUCCAGGCCAAGACUACAUAUGAAAACUUUAUCCAUUUGAUCAUCGCCCUCCCUGUGGCCGUGCUGCUGAUAGUAGGAGGGUUGGUUAUCAUGUUGUAUGUCUUCCAUAGAAAGAGAAACAACAGCAGGCUGGGGAAUGGAGUGCUGUAUGCUUCUGUGAACCCAGAGUACUUUAGCGCGGCCGAUGUGUACGUGCCCGACGAGUGGGAGGUCGCUCGGGAGAAGAUCAGCAUGAGCCGGGAGCUGGGCCAGGGCUCCUUUGGGAUGGUGUACGAAGGAGUAGCCAAGGGCGUGGUCAAAGAUGAGCCCGAAACCCGGGUGGCCAUUAAAACGGUCAACGAGGCCGCGAGCAUGCGUGAAAGGAUUGAAUUCCUCAAUGAGGCUUCCGUGAUGAAGGAAUUCAACUGUCACCAUGUGGUGCGUUUGCUGGGUGUGGUGUCCCAGGGCCAGCCGACGCUGGUCAUCAUGGAACUGAUGACACGGGGGGACCUCAAAAGUUACCUCAGGUCUCUGAGGCCAGAAAUGGAGAAUAAUCCAGCCCUUGCUCCUCCCAGCCUCAGCAAGAUGAUCCAGAUGGCGGGCGAGAUCGCCGACGGCAUGGCAUACCUCAAUGCCAACAAGUUCGUCCACAGAGACCUUGCUGCCCGCAACUGCAUGGUGGCCGAAGAUUUCACUGUCAAAAUCGGAGAUUUUGGCAUGACGAGAGACAUCUAUGAGACUGACUAUUACCGGAAAGGAGGGAAAGGCCUGCUACCCGUGCGUUGGAUGUCCCCCGAGUCUCUCAAGGAUGGCGUCUUCACCACUCAUUCCGAUGUCUGGUCCUUUGGGGUUGUCCUCUGGGAAAUCGCCACGCUGGCCGAGCAGCCGUACCAGGGCCUGUCCAACGAGCAAGUGCUGCGCUUCGUCAUGGAGGGUGGCCUUCUGGACAAGCCGGACAACUGCCCCGACAUGCUGUUCGAACUGAUGCGUAUGUGCUGGCAGUACAACCCCAAGAUGAGGCCCUCCUUCCUGGAGAUAAUCGGCAGCAUCAAGGACGAGAUGGAGCCCGGGUUCCGGGAGGUCUCCUUCUACUACAGUGAGGAGAACAAACCGCCUGAGCAGGAGGAGCUGGACCUGGAGCCCGAGAACAUGGAGAGCGUCCCCCUGGACCCCUCGGCCUCCUCCUCGUCCCUGCCGCUGCCUGAAAGACACUCAGGACACAAGGCUGAGAACGGCCCGGGCCCCGGUGUGCUGGUCCUCCGGGCCAGCUUCGACGACAGACAGCCUUACGCGCACAUGAACGGGGGACGCAAGAAUGAGCGGGCCCUGCCUCUGCCCCAGUCUUCCACCUGCUGAUGCUGGGAGCCGGGACCCUGCAAAACAGUAACGUGUGUGCACGCUCGGCGGGUGGGGGGAGCGAGUUCUAACAAUCCAUUCACAGCCUCCUGUACCUCAGUGGAGCUUCAGAGCUGCCAUGCUGCCCACGGGGACAGCUUCUCUGCAGUAAACACACUUGGGAUGUUCCUUUUUUCAAUAUGCAAGCAGCUUUUUAUUUCCCUACCCAAACCCUUAACUGACAUGGGCCUUUAAGAACCUUAAUUACAACACUUAAUAGCAACAGGACACUUGAGAAUCGAGUCUCCUCUCUCUUUCCCUCUCUCCUCCCUUCUCUCUCUCUCUAUCUCUUCCCCUCUCCCUCUCCCUCACCUCUCCUUUCUUUCUGCUUCAUAAUGGAAAAGCAUUGCCACAUGCCCAGCUGGGACACCCUUUUUGUCAGCCUGAGGAAAUGGCUGUCCCUCCCUCAUGUCCCCACAUCGCCCCUCUGCACACCUGCCUGUCACCGUAGGUCUUUAUAAAACACGUUGAGAUGGCAUUUUUUAAAACUGUUAUCUUUAACCUUCUUCGGGACACACGACAUUUUAAAAAGCGCCAUCACUCAUCCAAGGUUGUUACCAGGUUAACGCUGCCAAAUUCCGCCAAACCCCGGAACUUUAUCCUUCACAACCCUGCACUUAUUUUCUUGCUUCCAGAGGCGUGGGGCGGUCACUCGUGUAGGAGCCACGCGGGCCAUGCACUCCCGCCUGAUCGUCCCCUGGUGUUCUUUUUAAGUCUCACGCUCACACAGCUCCAUUUGCUUUUGACUAGGGUAUUGUGUGGGGGAACCGGACAGAUGGGACUUCCUCUCAGAGAAGAUGGGGAGCAGCUGAACUGGCCUCCCCGCCCCACUUCCCCACCCCCACCUUCUAGCCCCCAGGAACUCUGCAGCAAACAGGCCCUGUGGAGAGCCUGGCAGACAGGCUCUGAGUAAAGGCGGUCCACGUGCCAGUAUCCUACCCCCCACCCCCAGCCUCCACUCCCGGCCCCCAUGGACACAGAUGGGAAGGGGUUCCCAGGGACUCAGCCCAGCUGUUUAUGCAGGUUUGCAAGGAAAGAAAUUCAAACACCACAACAGUCAGAAGAAAAGCAGUAAGUGGAUUCAAGCAUUCUCAGCGUUGUUGACAUUUUCUCUGUUACUAGGACUUCUUCAUGGGUCUUACAGUUCUAUGUUAGACCAUGAGACAUUUGCAUACACAUCGUCUUUAAUGUCACUUUUAUAACUUUUUUACGGUUCAGAUAUUCAUCUAUACGUCUGUACAGAAAAAAAAAAGCUGCUAUUUUUUUUGUUCUUUAUCUUUGUGGAUUUAAUCUAUGAAAACCUUCAGGUCUAACCUUUUUCCCUCUCUGCUCACUCCAAGAAACUUCUUAUGCUUUGUACUAGAGUGCGUGACUUUCUUCUUCUCCUCCCAGUAAUUGAUACUGAUAUAACAUAAUUCGCCAUGAACUGUUUGAUGCCUUUUUAUAAAUACAUCCUCCCCUCCCUGCUCCCCUGGCCCCAUUAGUUCUGUUCUCACCCAGAGGCUCUGCGGGCCCGAGGCUGGUGCGGGCAGGCAGUGGCAAAGUGGUGGAAAGGCCUCGAAGGUGCCGUCCGUGUGCCGUGCCCCACCCUUUCCUCGGCCUGCUCUCACACAGCAUUUGAGUCUGUUACAGUGCAAGACAUGCAAACUCAGGUCAGAAAAAAAAAAAAAAAAGGUUCAGUGUUUCUGGUCACCAAGGUUGAAAUGUCUCCCCUUCUCUUCCCCUGGCCUUUGUUUUGGUUGUAACACAUAGAUCUAUUUUUUUAAUUCUUGGGUACAACAGCAGUUUGAACUGCAGACACUAGGCAUUUGGAUGACUUUUUUUUUUUUAAGUGGAUAGUGAAUCCUUCCAUCCCAUGACAAACAGCUGCUGAGUCCAAGGGUGCAGACGAGUGUGGUCCAGCGGGUGCCUCGGGCCUUCUGCCAUCACCCUCCACAUGGACCUACCUGUCUGUAGAACUGAAAAUCCCCAGGGACCUGCUUGGCGCUGCUGGCAGGCAGCGGGACGCAGGCGCAGCUUCCUGGGGAGGAGGGAGGGUGGGCGGCAAGCCUACUAGACAGCCGGUGGGGCAGUGCAGGCUCCCCAGUGGCCCAGGAGCCCACGCUCUCCCUCCCCGGGAACCAGGGCCUGGCUCUGCCACGCUUCUCCUUGGCCAGGAAUCCAAGUCCUUGGGGCCCGGGGGUCUUGUUUUGUUUAGUUUUUAGCACUUCUCACCAGAGUGAUGACAGCACAAGAGUUGCUUCUGGAAUGGAAAUGUUUAAAUUAUGAGUAAGAACAAAGCUCCAACACGAUGAUUGCUAGUUGUGACUGGAGACGAAACACACAAGAGAAAGUUGGUGCUUUUUUUGCUCGUCACUAGUUUCAGUUCCAUCGUUUUCUCUAGCCUCUGACCCAUAGAUUUUCCCAUUAAAAAAAAAGAGAAAAAGAAAAAAGUUAAUUAAGAAGGAAUUACAUGUAGGGAGUUUGCUUUUAAUUUAUUUUCUGAUUCCAGUUUUAAUCACUGUAGAGAAGCCCCAUUAUGAAUUGAAAUACUGAGAAAAGGGUUUGUGUGUAUGUGUGUGCGUGUAAGACAGGACAGUUUUUUCUUUUUCUUUUCCCCAAGCAUUUAUCUACCUCACUCUUAAUUUUUAUAUGUGUAUAUACAAAAAAGUGUACAUCUCACCUUCCUCAGCACCUGACAAUAUGCCGUUGAUACUGGUAACCUCAUCCACACCACAGGCCACACACACCAGGUGACGCAGGGACAGGCCAGGCUGUGUUCCAGGGGCAAAGCAACGCUUUCUCACCUCUCCACUCGUUUCAAACAGCUUGCCUUUUUCUGAGACGUUUCAUUUUACAUUGCUUUUGUUCUUUUCCUCUUUCCCUAAGUGGUUGUAAGGUGUCAGGAGGUUCCUCCUCUCUGACCAGUGCCCCCUGCCCUCUGCUGGGGGCGGGGGGGGAGGUGAGGACAGCACUCAGUGUGUGUGGGGGGGACACUUGGCUGUCCCCUUCUGGUUGUCUGAAACCAACUGCUUUGUGCAGAUUGAAUAACAAACAGAGUCCCUCAUUGGAAGAGCAGUUUCCAGGUUUUGGGAACAAGAAGCGCCAAGGGGGCGGGUGGUCUCUGUUAGAACCCCACCUGGAAAGGCUCCGUGCUGGGCUUUGCUCCGGGGGUGGGGGGUGCUCCCCUUGCUGCCCUGGACCAGGCCUGUGCCAGGCGGGGACCUGUUGUCGCUGCGCUGCUUCCAUUUGGUGGGACGGCUGCCUGGGCGCCCUGCGAGCUCGGUCCGCCAGGCCUCCUGACCUCCCGGCCAACCCCUUCUAGAAUGUACCGCAGAGAAACGUCCCUUCUCCCUCUCCCGCCUGUUCUCUUAGCUUCACCCUCACUUCCUCCUCCCCCAGGGGAAAACAAAGAUGUACCAAACCUUCGGGCUGGAAGGGGCAGUGGUCAGCGCCAAGCCUCCUCCUGCGGCGGCACACCUCGCACAGGGCUGUGUCCCGGUCCUGUCGUCCUGCUGCUCACAGGGGUGGGCAGUGCGUUCCCCGAUUCCAGCAGCUGCUCUCACAGGCACUGGUGACGAUCUGGGAGCCGUGGUGGGGCCUUUCCCCAAGUGUGGGCGGCUCCUUUGAAAGUCCCAGUCCUGCCGCUCGGCUCAGGAGCACCCUGUCCUGUAAGAACACGCCUCUCCUCUCCCAUGUCCCCUGGGGCCUCAAGGUCAUUGAGAAAUGCUGUUUGAUCAGGGCUUUCUUCUUCCACACUAGGUGACCCCUGGGAAUAGCGGCCUCCCCUCUCUCUUUUGCACAUACUUACCGGUUUCCACAACUGGAUCUCUUCCUUCAGCUGGUCAUAAGGGUUUUGUUUAAACUGUCUGAGUUGUCGGUGUCAUUUUGUUGUUGUGUUAUGUAGGUGGUUUUCCUUUAGGUAGAAAGCCAACACUAACAGUGCAGUGCCCAUCAUACCCAAUGCUUCAGAAACACUUAAAUCAAAGAGAAAAUUGGCUUGCGUGAUGGUGCAGUCACUUUACUGGACCAAGCCUCCCACCUUGACUACACCCAGGCAUCAUCCAUCCAACAGUUCUAGCCUGAUUUUUAUGCUGAUUUCCCCCCCGCUGCUUCUUGAUCUCCUUCUCUUUUUGUAUGCUUCGAAUAAUUGAAUCAAGCUGAGUUGUGGCGUUUUCCAUGCAACCUCCUCUGGCAGCGGCUCCCGCUGCUUGAAGUGACAUGAACCACUGAGGCACAUCGUUGAAUCGAUGUGAGUGUUCAGACAUUAUCACACCCAGCCCUCCCCGAGGCAGCAGGAGCUGGUGUGCUGUGGGAGACGUGGUUGAACUUCCCCUGGGUGAGACCCAGACCACCCAGGUCUCCUUCACGGGAGGUCAUGACGUUUGACACGCAGCUGGAAGGAGCUUCCUCCUUGGAAGAUGGAAGACCGGGUUCGUGGCCAACACUGGCCUCGCCUUCCAGCCUGUUUCUCAUGACUUCAUGACUCCGAACGACAUUUCAAUGGUAGGAAAAGUGGCUUGGCGAAAUAGAAGAGUGGUUAUGGCAGAAGCACCCGAAGGAAAAUGCUUGGCACGAGGUGGUAUGUUGGCUGGGAUAACAGAUGGACGAGCCAAGUAUGAUGCCAAAUUCUAGGCCAGUCUGUCCCACCGAAGCCUCUUUCUAAGCGGCCCUCCUCUGUGGGCAGGUGGCUGUAUGUGAUACGGGCCGCUGUCGUGGCGGCAAGCUCACACUAGUGCAGACGGGAGAGAAGGCUAGGAUGCUGGGUCCGAGGUCUUCAGCUGUCACUGUCAGGUCCUCCCAGGGUGGCUGGACGGUGUCAAGGCAACUCCUUUCCAGAACAUCAGCACCUUCCAGUUGACAGUGAUCUCCAUCCAUGCUACACCUUGGCCCAUUCCAGCAAUCCCAGCAAUGCAUUUAAGGUUUGGGGUUUGUUAUUUUGUUCAUGUUACUUAUGUGUUUGUCGGCUGUCUUUUCAUUUCCUGGGCUAAGCAGCAUUGGGAGAUAUGGACCAGAGAUGCACUUUUUAAGACCCAGUGAUGAAAGCCAAGCUUCCUUACUCCACUGUGACACAGUCAGAGGUACAAAGGAGCACUACAAGAAAGGAUGUUUAGACUGACCCCUCUGUUGCCAGAGACGCUGAAGAUACAGACCUUGGGCAGGCCCGAGGGUUUCAUUUUUGGCCUCCAAUUCAGAUGACUAGUGGGUCACUUGGAGAAAAAGCAGAUGAACCCUCCUUGAUGGUCGGACAGUAGGAAACCAUUGUAAUGGGUCUUGACAUGAUGUGAAGAGAAGAAUUGUGAGCAGAAGGGCACAGGGCUUGGAAGAAGUGGGGGCCAUGUUUUGAACUUGAUGGUUUCUGAAGGUGUCAGACCACAUCAAGGCUCAAGAGUCAUCUAUGGGCAUUUGGUUUCGACAAAUAAACCUAGCAUCCUACUCUGGAAACUGUUACUGCGGAGUUAAGUUGAAUCAUUCAAGGAACGAACUGCAUCGCGCCCGGCAGUAGCCAGUUCCGGGGUAUGACUUUAGGGUUUUGUUUUAUUUUGUUUCUGCAAAAACAUAUGAUCACUCAUCUGUAUGUCCACGUUUGUGUGUGUCCACAUCUUUCUGGUAAACAUUGUUUUAAUUAGUCACACAUUAGCAUUUUCAAUAGGGCUCUUAAGUCCAGUAGAUUACGGGUAGUCAGUUGACGAAGAUCUGGUUUACAAGAACUAAUUAAAUGUUUCAUUGCAUUUUUGUAAGAACAUAGAAUAAUUUUAUAAAAUGUUUGUAGUUUAUAAUCGCCGAAAAUAAUUUAAAGACACUUUUUUUUCCCUCUGUGUGUGCAAAUGUGUGUUUGUGAUCCAUUUUUUUUAUGACACCUGUUUACUAGCUAGCUUUACAAUAUGCCAAAAACGGAUUUUUCCCUGACCCAAGCCAUGGUCCACCCUCUUUCCCCCUAUGCUUUGUGCCCUAGUGUAUAACAAAGAAAUGAUGAGGAUUGAAGUAGUUCUGUAUCUUCAGUAUCUUGGUCUUCCAGAACCCUCUGGUUGGGAAGGGGAUCACUUACUGGUCAUUUCCCUUUGGAGUGUAGUGACUUUAACAGACUAAAGAACCUCACUGGCCAGGAAGCAGCAGAGGUGUUGGCACCCAGCGGGGCACGGGGUACCCUGGGGCAUGUGGUUUGCUGGGUCAGUGGUUACCGGUUCUGCAGUGCCUCGAGGUGGAAGGGCUGACUGCACAGUUCCUGGUGGUCACAACCCACCCCCCGUAGAGACUUAGCACACAAAAGAUGGCAAUUUUGGUGCACGCGAGGUGUGGGCUUACCUGCCUUGUGUCAUGAUGAAUGCUCUGUUACAAGGGAGAGACACUUUCUGUUUUUAGUUGAGGCAGAACACCGGAGAUCUGUGUUUGCAAUACAAAAAAGUUGUUUUUAAGGAAAACUACACGCACACACAUUGUUGUUGGUUUUUUUUUUUAUUUUUAAGUUUGACUCCAUGUCCUCUAGCUCCCAGUGAAUUAAGGGCCAUGUCUACACACCUCCACGAAAUCCCCGUUAUUGGAAACACCCAAUAUCUGGGUGUUUUGCGCUACAUGGGAGAAAGGUCCAGAAACAAUUUAUUGUCAGUUUUUGACUUUUGAUUCGGAUGUUUGGCGUUGGCGUAGACACAUGCACAGGUGGAAUAGAUGCUCGGCAAAAGCACCUGUCUGCUUUCUAAGCCAGUGAGGUUGAGGUGAGGUGUGCCAGAGCUUGUCUACCUCUGGAACAACGACAACAACAAAAAAUAAUCAAACCAGAAGGCGCGAUGGAAUGGAUGCAUCGCAAAUAAUGCAUUUUCUGAGUUUUCUUGUUUAAAAAAAUUUUUUUAAAAAAAGGUAAAAAAAAAUUAAAAAAAGGUAAUAACAUGGCCAAUUUGUUACAUCAAAUGACUUUCUGUGUAUAAAUUAUUCCUAAGAAAAUUCCUCUGUUUAUAUAAAAACAAAAUCAGUAGAUGAAAAAAUUUUCCAAAUGUUUUUGUAUAUUCUGUUGUAAGAAUUUAUUCCUGUUAUUGCGAUAUACUCUGGAUUCUUUACAUUAUGAAAAAAGAAACUUUGUCUAUUUUGAAUGGCUGAAGCUAAGGCAACUUUAGUUUCUCUUACUCUGCUUUUUUCUAGUAGUUAAAAGUACUACAUGGUUUAAGUUAAAUAAAAGACUUCUGUAUGCA